UCACUCGUCAGUAGAAACUGAACAGCUGAUGCGAUUGAACGUUUCGAACUGUCAUUACGUAUUUCUUGAUUCUCUGCGCGAGCGCACGUGAAUCGCGAUCUUUCCCGAUCUCGUAAUACCUUUGUUAUUCAAUCGCUAUAAGUGCACGCGUGAGAUAGUGAAACGCAAUUUUAUUUCUUCCCCGCAUGUAAGCGCGACGUGAGAGAACGACUUGUGUAGUUGGUUGCAAUAUUAUCCAUAUCUCUUGUGUCUCUUUUUUCUCUCUUUUUUUUUCCUUCUUCCCUUCCUCUUUCCCUCUCUCUCUCUCUCUCUCUCUUCUUCAACCACCUGCACAUGCAUGGGUCCCGGCUUGUCGAUUACCGUGUCCCCGUUGUGCACUGGCGACGAUCGUCUCACCGCGCACGUGUACUCGUCGAGCACCGGCUGUCUCCAGUUGCCGACUAACGUCAGACAUGACCAACAAUAAGCAGUCGUGGUUCCGUGGCGUUCGAAGCAGCAAAUUUCGACAUGUUUAUGGUGUGCCAGCCAAGAGGGAGAAAUGUUACGAUAACAUCAAGAUCACGAAGAACGCCCACGAUUCGCAAUUUUGCGCAGUAAACCCGAAGUUUCUGGCUGUUGUGACGGAGGUCGCAGGUGGCGGAGCGUUCCUGGUUUUAUCGUUGGAUCGCACCGGACGACUCGACUUCAAUGCCAGUCGAGUAACUGGACAUACCGGUCCCGUUUUGGACAUCAAAUGGAAUCCAUUUAAUGACAACAUCAUUGCAUCCUGUUCCGAUGAUUGCACUAUAAAAUUGUGGCAUAUACCCGAUGGCGGAUUGUCGAGAAAUUUGACUGAAUGGUUGGUAGAGUUGCAAGGACACAAACGACGCGUCGCUUAUAUCGAAUGGCAUCCGGUAGCGGAAAAUGUACUCUUCAGCGCCGGCUUCGAUCAUCUUGUUAUCGUGUGGGAUGUAAACAGAUGCGAGGCAGUGAGUGUUAUCGACAGGCAUCCUGAUGUAAUCUACAGCAUAUCCUUGAAUCGCGAUGGCAGUUUGUUGGCAACCACUUGCAAGGAUAAAAAAUUGCGCGUUUUCGAACCAAGGUCCGGUAUCGUCGUUUCAGAAGGGGUAUGUCAUGCCGGUACUAAAGCGAGCAAGGUUGUAUUUCUCGGUAGUUCUGGACGUCUUUUGACUACUGGAUUUAGCAGACAUUCAGACCGACAGUACGCAAUAUGGAGUCAACAUGAUCUAACUGUCUCACUAAUAUGUGAAACAAUAGAUUCCUCGAGUGGGGUGGUCUUUCCAUUUUACGAUAACGAUACUAACAUGGUGUUCUUAGCAGGAAAGGGCGACGGUAAUAUUCGAUAUUACGAAGUAGUUAAUGAAGCACCUUGGAUGUAUUAUCUUAGUCAAUUUAUAUCUGGAAAUCCUCAGAGAGGCUUAGGCGUAAUGCCAAAAAGAGGCAUCAAUACUGCUAUAUGUGAAGUGUUUAGAUUUUACAAGCUACACGCGACUCGCGGAAUGUGUGAGCCAAUCUCGAUGAUAGUUCCUCGAAAGAGUGAUCAAUUUCAAGAAGAUCUGUACCCUGAUACAAUCGGAACAUGUCCCGCACUGUCGGCUAGAGAUUGGAUCAGCGGCAUGAAUAAUCCGCCAAUAUUAAUCUCUCUUAAGACAGGUGGAAGCAUCUCGACGCAUAAGCCACGAAUAUACAAACCACCACAAUUACCUCCGACUACUGAUCUGAAUAACAAAAAGAAAUUCGCGUUUCUGUCUACCGAGACCAUACCGGAUUACAGACCGGUGGAAUUACACGACAUGUCGGAAAAAAGUCAGAAGACAUCCAGCAAUCAAAGCACAAAGUUUCAACAACUACAGCAGAAGUUUGGAAAUGUCGCUAUGCAGAAGAAUAUUAUAUCCUCUCCACUUAAUGAUAAUAAAGCUAUGGAGAGUGUGGAUAUCCCAAACAAUGAGGCGGAACUUCGAUUAGCAUUUGCUCGUCAAACCGACGAAUUGAGGCUAGUACGACGGCAGCUUGCUAAUAGUCAACUGCGCGUCAAGGAAUUAGAGGACCAAAUACGAAAAUUGCAGCGCCAAUAAAGCUUACAAGUAACAGCUGCAGCAAAUUCGCUUCAAUACUAGCUUUGAGUAAGACUCGCACAGCUUUACUGCUAAACUAUAGUGUUCAGUUACUUAAAACCUAUAGAAUAUAUGUGCACUACUAACAAUUUAUUAAGAAAAAGCCUAAGCUUUUGAGAAAUUUUUAUAUGCUUAGGACAUUUUAGUUCUAUGAUAUUUAUAUACACAAAGAUAUAUUCGCACAGAAUAAUUCUGACUGACUUUCCGUUAGUCUACAAUUUUUAUAUAGCAUAAAACUUGUCGCAUUGAUAUCGACUACAAGGGAUCAGAGAAAGCAGGCUGCAUUUGUUACGUGAAAAUCGUACCUGUUCACAUAUAGCUGGAUGCAUAAGUUGGAUAUAUGUAUGUAUAUCACAUAAGGAUAUGUACAUGAUUAAAAAAUUAAAGGAAGCAUAGUAUCUUUUGACAAAUGAAUAAUUCAUAUAUAAUAUUUUAGUUUGAUGACUCAUUGUACUUUUUCUGAGAACGAUAUGUUGAUACUAGUCUGUUAAUCAUUGUUUAUUUUUUUUAUUGCUCUUUCAUGUUUAUUGAUUAUUUAAUUAAUAUAUUAUUUAAUAUAUUACUACACAAUAUUUAGAAGAUAGAAAUUAUGUAGAAGACAGUAUUUCUUUACACAUUAUCAUGUAUGUUAUAAAUUCUUAUUUUUAUUUGAAUUUAUCUUUACAAAAAAUAAAAUUAAUUUUGUUGUUGAUCUAUUACAGAUGAAUGUCAUAUUAUGCAUCAAUGUCCUAUAAUGCUACUGUGUUGUAUUACGUACAAAUAUAUUAAUAUAAUAAGCAUUUUGCUAUCGCAUAUAUCUUUCACUGCCAUCUACACUGCCGUAAUGUCGAUGGCAAUAAGAUCUUCAAACUUAUGUAAUGAUAAUAUUUAAUUCCGAUAAAUUUCGAAAAUUUUAUCUUACAAUUCCUUAUGUAGUAAAUGUGCAGUAAUAUGUGUGUGCAAGAUUAUUAAAUCACGUACAAUUAAUGCCAUGAUAGAAAAAUUGUAAAUGUUUAUUUUUAAGAAAGACGGCAUUUAUAUUCAAUGUGGGUUUAAUUUCAGCCGAACUUGCUUAAAGAAAUGGUAUGCUAGCAAAUGUAUUAGAAUAUUUUUAUUAUUAAUUUUCUUGUUGCAAAAAUCGUAAGGAAUUCUGUGAAUAUUUCUGCUUAAGAACAAUAAUCAAAUCAUGUAGUGAUUUAUACGUUUAUAUAUGUAUUUUUCAUACAGUGUGCAAUUUUAUUGUGGAUCGAUAAAUAUAGUACCUGAAUGCUACACUUCACAUAUCGCUUGUGAUCAAGUGAGUAUAAGAUUUCGUUAAUCGCGUAGUGUGAACAUAUUAAAUAUAAGUCCUGAAACUUGCUGAUACAGCAACAUGUGACGUAGCAUUCCCUAGUCUUUCUUUAUUAGUUUGUUUACUUGUAACUGUAGAUUUAAUAUACACACAAUAAUACAUUUCAUUCAGACAUUCUUCUAAAUACGCACACCUAUCAUUCAUCAUUGAGAGCAGAGAGUUACAUGUAUUGUAUUAGGCAGUACAUUUUACAGGCAGUAUAAAAAAAUAUGUAUUGCAAAGUAUAGUUUAUAUAAGUAUAUAUUUUCGACAUUUACAUCCAAAGCAAUGAUAUUCAUGAUAUAUAAAAUAUGAUAUAUAUAAAAAAGGUAACUAUUCAUGUUCAAGAUAGAUAUCAUACAAUAAAAGAGAUUUAUGAAUUUUGCUAUGAGUUAUAAAUGCUUAUAAUGCAAUAUUGUGCCGCACAAUAUGUGCCCGUAUCAGAAUUUAUAUAUAAUAUUUAUAUAUCGAUCGAAUAUAUAUAUAAUUAAGAUUCAACUACACAAUACCAAACAGAAAAAAAUACCAAAGAGCUUUAUUGUCUUGCAUAAUACAGGCAAAUUUAUUGCCAGCGCAUACCUAUUUGACAAAUUUAUAUACAGAAACAUUAGAGAAAAUAUUGUAUGUAUGAUAUAUGGCAAGCAAGACUUUCAUGAUAAAAUAAACAAGAAUAUUUAAUCA